CUGCUCUAGGUUGUAGUAGUUCUUUGAGGAUUUUGUUGUAUGAUGUCUGGCCGUGGAAAGCAGGGCGGCAAAGCUCAGGCUAAGUCUCGCUCGUCCAGGGCGAGUUUGCUGUUUCCUGUGGGUCGAAUGCACCGCCUGCUCCGCAAAGGGCACUAUGCGGAGCGCGUGGGAGCCGGUGCCUCUGUCUACACGGCGGCGGUGCUGGAGUACCUGACCGUCGAAAUCCUGGAGCUGGCCGGCAACGCAGCGCGGGACAACAAGAAGGCGCGCAUCGUACCUCGACAUCUGCAGCUGGCCAUCCGCAACGACCAGGAGCUGAACAAACUGCUGGCCAAAGUCACCAUCGCCCAGGGCGGCGUCCUGCCCAACAUGCAGCCGAUGCUGCUGCCCAAGAAAGGGUGAGAGCCACAAACCGAAGGCCCAGUAAAAAAGCAGGCUGCGGCGUCUGGCCCC